CCCGUCAGUCUAGGAGGAUAAGAGAAAGAAAGUAAAUCAACUGCAGAAUAUGGCUUUGGGAGUUCCAAUAUCAGUCUGCCUUUUAUUCAAUGCAAUGACUGCACUGACUGAAGAGGCAGCCAUGAUUGUGACACCUCUAAGCACAGUCCAGCAAAGUAACUGGACAGUGAACAAAACCGAAGAUGACUAUGCAGAAGGACCCAUAGCCUUGAGGUUCUCCCACCCUUGCCUGGAAGAUCAUAAUAGCUACUGCAUCAAUGGGGUGUGUGCAUUCCACCACGAGCUAGAUAAAGCCAUCUGCAGGUGUUUUACUGGUUAUACUGGAGAAAGGUGUGAGCACUUGACCUUAACUUCAUAUGCUGUGGAUUCUUAUGAAAAAUACAUUGCAAUUGGGAUUGGUGUUGGAUUAUUAUUAAGUGGUUUUCUUGCAAUUUUUUACUGCUACAUAAGAAAAAGGUGUCUAAAACUGAAGUCACCUUACAACAUCUGUUCUGGAGGGAGACCACUGUGAGGCCUUGUGGGCAUUUUCAUCGAGUUGUUUGUGAAACUCAGUGGACCCCAAAUUGAAAUCCUCAAAUGAAACAACAAAAACAUCCAAAUGACUAGACUUGAAAAGAAUGAAAGUUGGGAUCACAGUGAAAUGAGAGGAAAAGAUUCAAUAUUGGUCUUUAGACUUUGCCAUCAUUAGAAUCCAGGGAAGCCAAGAGAAUGAACUACAAAGGCAGAGGUCAAGUUUGUAGUCCUAAUCUGGGUUUGUUGUUGUGUGGUUAUUAUUCUCACUGCAGAAAAAUUGUGUUUGAUGCUUCUGACCGUGUCAGAUGUAGGUUUUCCUGGGAAUAACCGUCAACUUUGGAGCAAGCCACAGCUAUUCCAAAUUCAGCCUGCUACCCAGCUUUUGGACAACCUAAAUGCCUCUCUGUUCACUCAAUGGACCUAAUCCCAAGCAUUCUGUUUUUAUGGUAUCUAAAGGCGUUUAAUCUCAAUUUUUAGGGUAAUAUCAGUGUUAUGGCAUCUUGAGUGAACCAAUCAUAUGUCUUAAGUCUAAACCAUUGAAAAGAAAUGAAUGACCAAAACAAACAGAAAUCACACCUACCUUGUUACAAUAUUGUACAACUUUUAUCUGUGAAACAUGGAAUAAGCUAAAAGACUUUCUCAGGACUGAAAGCUACCUGGAUAUCAAAUCCAGAGUAGGCUAAGCAUUUCUUUUCCAUAUGGAUUAUAAAAUAUUCUGUUGGACUUAUUUGUUCCCUAAAUACACUUGUUUGUCACUUCCACCGAUUAUCAGUGGAAUUAACUGAUGACCAUCCAUUUGAACUGAAACCCAAGAAUUCUGCUAAUGACUAAAAGUCUACAACUGGUCCUGAAGUAGAAACUGAAGAACUAGAUAUGAGAGUUUUUUCACCAGCCAACAGCAUGGGGAAACUUCACCAUUUCUGAACAGAUUUGCACACAGAAAAACAAUGGAGCAAUGGUAGAAAUAACUAUUUGGGAACUAAGGUCCUUCCUUUUUAACUAUAUUUCUUCUACAUAAUUCAACAGUCUUGUGCAGGCCCCUUAAUUUCCUGGGGCUUUUGUUUUGUCUUCUACAAGGCUGUUGUGGUUCGAGAAUUUGACAGUAAGAGAAGAAGGAAAUUUUCUUUAUCUGCCCUGCAAGAGACAGACAGAAGGGACAAUUCUAUCAUCGAACCAACCUCUAAGCCCCAAACACAUCACUGUGUGUUUGGAUACACACUAUCUUAAGUGUAUAUUUUAGUGUGCAAUUUAUACAAUAAUAAUUUAUUUUUAAGAGCAAUAUGAAAUGAAAUUAAAGAAUAAUAACACAAAUGAU